GCCUCAACAAAGACAGGACGCUCCCCACGAGAGCUCACAUGUCAGCCAAAUAAAGUUUGCAUCUCUGCCCUCAUUGCCUGGUUUGACCAGUAAACUGGUUCACAUUUUUUCCUCUAUUAGCAACGUGAAAAUUGCCAGAUAUAACGUUUUCCCCAAUAAGUUUCUCUUCACCAAUCUCAAAGACAGAGCGGACGUUCUUUCCAGCUCUGAUUGUGUCUACUCAGUGAGAUGUUUAGACUGUGAGGGGGUCUAUAUCGGACAAACCUCCCAAUCCCUAAAAAGAAGGUUCGCGGUUCACAAAAGCGACGUCAGAUUACACCCUGACAGAUGUGCCCUUGCUUUGCAUGCUGCGAGAGCUGGUCAUGUUUUCGAUUUCGAUAAUCCGAAGAUACUAUAUUCUUGCUCAAAUAACACCAAACGGGUUUUUUUGGAAAUGUGCUAUAUUAAUGAGCAAUCAAAUCCUAUCAAUAAACGUACCGACAUUAAGGGUCUUAGUAACAUUUAUAAUUAUUUGCUCGCUUUGGACUCCAAAAGCGACAUCUCUCCUCAACUUUCACAAACUUUAUAACGUCAUCCCACAAAAUAUGAGGAUGGUAAUUGUUCUCACUUUCGCUUUGGACUCCGGGGCGACAUCUCUAUUCCAAAACUCAAAACCUAUUUCACUUUUAAAGAAAAAGAUUUGACAGAUUGUCAUAGUCCUCUGUGGUCUGAGGAUUUGUCUGUCCUCUGUGUCAAUUUUUGGCGCCAUUGUGCUUGUAACCUAGUUUAGCGAUCUUUUUGACACGAUUUUGUUUGUGUUAUUACUUAGAGAAUAUUCAUGUAGUUUCUCGAGAUUGAUGUAGUUUUCUUCCUUCCAAUGAUUUGUAAUUGGUUGGACACAUGCUGAUUGUUUCUUUGCCAUUCUUUCCACAACUAGUCAAACAUGGGUUUCUACGAUGAGAUGAAGAACACCUAUGGAGAGGUAACAGUUAGAGACCUCAAAUCUUGGGCGAACCUGAACACCAGAUUGGCAAAAGCAAGAUGCAGAAGGAACUUCCUACUCAGAUGCCGAUCAACUGGCGUCAUUCCAAGACACAUCAAGCAGAACAUUAAAUGUAUUAACAAUUUGAUAGGCGACAACGCAGGGGACAACAGAAGAGCUCUCGCACUGAGCAAUAAGGUAUCUUCUACUCUGCUCAAUCUUGAAAUAUCGGUCACUAUCAAAAAGAUCAACUCGCUGCAUGCAGGCAUUAAGCAUAUCCGUGAAAGAUUGAUCCUUGUUCUUCCUAUACGUGUUAUAUCCAUUUUUGAACAGACUCAGUCUAGGUCCUCAGAUAGGAUCACUGUCUUUUCCACCAACGUUCUCAAACGCAAGUUUGAUUCCUUGAUUGAUAAAUCCAUCUCGGAUCUGAAAGUUAAAGAUUCGUGGUUUGCCAAUUUAACAGAUCAUGUUUUCCCACGGGACAUUAAACAUUUGCUUAGUCUUGGUCCCAGGUUUGCCCAUUCUGUCCCCUCUAAUAUUUUGUCAAUUAAAUCUUUAUUGGCUGACUCCGAGUAUCUUGUGAGGUUGGCUCCACAGGAAUCGCAGGACUUACUCCGGGCUAAAUCUACCAAUGCCAUCACCAAUUUCAUCCACCAGGCUUGGAGGAAGAAUAACCCACAAUACGGACUCUUUUGCAAGACGAAAAGGUUCCUGAAGGACAAUGAUGACAUCGUCAUAACGAUGGCAGAUAAGGGCAAUGUCACAGUAGCCAUCACAAAGCAACAAUAUGAAGAGAAGCUCUUGAAUAUCGUCGAGGACACCAACGUUUAUAAGAAAUUAAACUCAGACCCCACAUCGAGGUAUCAGACAAAGAACAACAGCCUUGUCAAGGAUCUCAAAGACCAAGCAUACAUCAGUGCCACCACGGCGAGACAAUUGAAUAACUACAAAGGCAUUUCUCCCACUAUCUACGGUCUACCAAAGAUCCAUAAAGAGGGAACUCCUCUCAGACCUAUCGUCUCCACCAUUAAAUCCCCAACAAGUGAACUUAGCAAGUUUGUCGCCGACAUCCUCAAGUCAGCUUUCAAGGACGACUUCCACACUUGGGCAGUCAAAGAUUCUUUCGAUUUUGCGGAGAAGGUCAACAAUUUGCAGAUUCCUCCAGACCAUGAGAUCCUCUCGUUGGAUGUUAUCAGUCUUUUCACCAAUAUUUCCUGGGAGUUAACGGAGAAGAUAAUAGUGGACAAUUGGAGCAGGAUUGAGGCCGUCACGAAUAUUCCUAGGCCUAAAUUUGUUAACCUAUUGAAGUUCCUGUUCGAUUCCAACUAUUUUAAAUAUAAAGGUGAAUUUUACUCUCAAAUCUUUGGGUGCCCGAUGGGCAGCAUCCUCAGCCCAACUUUGGCAGCUCUGGUGAUGACGGUGUUGAUCGGUUACUGCCUUAGCAAACUAUCCUUCAUUCCAGCAUUCUUGUUCCAGUAUGUUGAUGACAUUAUAUUGGCCAUUCCUUCAAAUAUGAAAGAAGAACUCCUAAGGAUCUUCAACUCCUUCAACCCACAUAUACAGUUCACCAUAGAAGAAGAGAAAGACAGAUUUGUCCCAUUCCUGGAUACCAAAGUGAUACGUUCUGAGGACAACACAGUAAAGCUUGAUUGGUACAGAAAGCCGACCAGCUCAGGAAGAUAUGUCCACUUCAAUUCAAGCCAUGAUUGGCAAAUGAAGAUCAACGUUGUUAACAACCUAAAGAACAGAAUAAUAGGCCUUACUCACAUGGAUUUCAAACAGAGUGCUCUGAACAGAUUAUAUGACAUCCUAAAAGAUAAUGGAUAUCCCCACGGCCUGCUUAAGAAGUUGAUAUUCUCGACAUCCAAUCGACGGAUCUCACCUGAUCCUCCUGAACAUCCUCCUACCACACUGCCUCAACAAAGACAGGACGCUCCCCACGAGAGCUCACAUGUCAGCCAAAUAAAGUUUGCAUCUCUGCCCUCAUUGCCUGGUUUGACCAGUAAACUGGUUCACAUUUUUUCCUCUAUUAGCAACGUGAAAAUUGCCAGAUAUAACGUUUUCCCCAAUAAGUUUCUCUUCACCAAUCUCAAAGACAGAGCGGACGUUCUUUCCAGCUCUGAUUGUGUCUACUCAGUGAGAUGUUUAGACUGUGAGGGGGUCUAUAUCGGACAAACCUCCCAAUCCCUAAAAAGAAGGUUCGCGGUUCACAAAAGCGACGUCAGAUUACACCCUGACAGAUGUGCCCUUGCUUUGCAUGCUGCGAGAGCUGGUCAUGUUUUCGAUUUCGAUAAUCCGAAGAUACUAUAUUCUUGCUCAAAUAACACCAAACGGGUUUUUUUUGGAAAUGUGCUAUAUUAAUGAGCAAUCAAAUCCUAUCAAUAAACGUACCGACAUUAAGGGUCUUAGUAACAUUUAUAAUUAUUUGCUCGCUUUGGACUCCAAAAGCGACAUCUCUCCUCAACUUUCACAAACUUUAUAACGUCAUCCCACAAAAUAUGAGGAUGGUAAUUGUUCUCACUUUCGCUUUGGACUCCGGGGCGACAUCUCUAUUCCAAAACUCAAAACCUAUUUCACUUUUAAAGAAAAAGAUUUGACAGAUUGUCAUAGUCCUCUGUGGUCUGAGGAUUUGUCUGUCCUCUGUGUCAACUUUUGGCGCCAUUGUGCUUGUAACCUAGUUUAGCGAUCUUUUUGACACGAUUUUGUUUGUGUUAUUACUUAGAGAAUAUUCAUGUAGUUUCUCGAGAUUGAUGUAGUUUUCUUCCUUCCAAUGAUUUGUAAUUGGUUGGACACAUGCUGAUUGUUUCUUUGCCAUUCUUUCCACAACUAGUCAAAC